CCUCCUUUCGCGGCACUCGGACGAGCUUGAGAAGCAAGCGAACGAAGGAGGCACCGAGGCAGGCGGAGUUGAGCAGCCGGCCGAGGACGAGGCGGCCGCGGCGGCACGACGGAGGCUCACAGGGAUGUACAGUAAACACAGGCAGAAAAACGGCCACAUAUCGCCGGCGGCGUGUGCCUCUUUGCUCUUGUUUGUCGCUUUGCUCUCGCUCAACGCCUCGGGACGAGCCAGCCGUGCCGGUUUACAGAGAGGACGGACAGUGAUGGCAAGAUGGCUUUCUCAAGGCCGAAACAAGAGGGAGGCAGACAUCUCAUCUCAGGAUGAACGGCCGAUUAGAGGGGAAAUUGUGCUCUCCUCCAGCGACCUCCACCUGGUGCUACAAGUACAACAUAACCAUGAGCUUUUGGUUCCAGACUUCACCGAGACCUACUACACGGACGACGGCCAGCCGGUGACCGUGACCAGUCGGAAUUACACCGAUCACUGUUUCUAUCACGGCAAUGUAAGAGGACAUCCGGAUUCCUGGGUGGCCCUCAGCACGUGCUCAGGUGUCAGGGGCCUGAUAUCUUUGAAUUUCAACAACACCUUCUACCUGGAGCCAAAGGUUGGCCACCGCCAUUCCUUGCUGCCCGCAGACCAACUGGAAUUGAAAGGCGGAGACUGCGGCCAAGGUCAUCACAGUGCACUGUCCAAUCACAUCUCCCGCCUCCUCAGACCACAUCAUUUAAGGGUGAAAAGGGACACGUGGGGCACCACCAAGUACAUGGAGCUGUACAUUGUGGCUGACAACACGUUGUUCAAACGACAAAAUAGAGACUAUGAGAAAAUCAAGACCAGGAUCAUGGAAAUCGCCAAUUAUGUGGACAAGUUCUACAGGGCUCUGAACAUCCGCGUGCCUCUGAUCGGUCUGGAGGUCUGGACCGAGCGGGACCAGUGCAUUGUCACAGAAGAGCCCAACGCCACCCUCUGGUCCUUCCUCCAGUGGAGACAGAAGUUGAAGUCCCGCAAGAAGCACGACAACGCCCAGUUGCUCACCGGCGUGAUCUUCAAGGGGACAACGAUCGGGAUGGCACCGCUGGAGGGCAUGUGCAGUCUGGAGAACUCCGGAGGGAUCAAUGUGGACCACUCCGAGCUCUCCAUCGGGGCCGCGGCCACGAUGGCCCACGAGAUCGGCCACAACUUCGGGAUGAGUCACGACCACGACGGCUGCUGCGUGGAGGCUACGGCCGACCAGGGCGGCUGCGUCAUGGCCGCCGCUACCGGGCAUCCGUUCCCGAGGGUGUUCAGCCAGUGCAGCAAGCGUGACCUCGACAGCUACUUCCAGAAGGGAGGGGGCAUGUGUCUCUACAAUAUGCCCAACAUGAAGGACCUCGUGGGGGGCAAAAGGUGCGGCAACGGCUUCGUGGAGGACGGAGAAGAGUGCGACUGUGGUGAACUCGAUGAGUGCACCAAUGACUGUUGCCAUGCCAAUAAUUGCACUCUGAAGGAUGAGGCUCAGUGUGCCCAUGGAGUGUGCUGUCAAGGUUGUAAGUUGAAACAAGCAGGCACCAUGUGCCGGAGCCCGGCCGGGGCCUGCGACCUGCCCGAGUACUGCACGGGCGCGUCGCCGUACUGCCCCGCCAAUGUAUACCUGCUGGACGGCUCUUCCUGCCGGUACGGAUGGGCCUACUGCUAUAACGGCAUGUGUCUGACUCAUCAACAGCAGUGCUUGCAGCUGUGGGGCUCCGGCGCCCGUCCGGCCCACGACGUCUGUUUCGAAGACGUCAACGCCGCGGGGAACGCUUUCGGGAACUGCGGGAAAGAUGAGCGCGGCAACUAUGUCAAGUGUGCAAAAAGUGACGCCAAAUGCGGUAAGAUCCAGUGCCAGAGCGCUGCCAAAAAGCCCAAAGGCACCAACGCCGUAUCGAUCGAUACUACCAUCAAGACGGGAGGCAUCGAGGUCAAGUGUCGCGGCACGUAUGUCUACAGCACGCAGGACGGCCAGGGCGACCUGCCUGACCCCGGUUUGGUCAUGACGGGCACCAAGUGUGGAGAGGGCAAGGUGUGCCGGGACCGCCAAUGUCAAAACGCGUCUUUUAGCGAGCUGGAGACUUGCAUCUCGCGCUGCCACGACAACGGGGUGUGUAACAGCAAUGGAAACUGCCACUGUCAUCGAGGUUGGGCGCCCCCUUUCUGCGAGAAGCCGGGACUCGGAGGCAGUGUGGACAGUGGGCCUGUGCAGUACGAUAGUGAGGCGGGCUUGGUGGCGGGCCUUUUGUUCGCCUUCCUGGUGGUCCUGCCCACCGCGCUGCUGCUCUUCUACUGCUACUGGAUCAAGACUUCCUACUUCCACAAGUGGCUGGCGCAGAGAGAGAAGAACAAGAGCAACAAGACGGAGACAGAGAAAGCCAAGAAGAACGGCCACCUGAAUCCUGCCUUUCACCUGAAGGUUGUCGGACCAAUUGGCAAAGCCAGCAGCCACAAGGGGCUUUCUGCCACCAGCAAAGAGGUUCUUCCUCUCCGACCAGACCCGGCCCCGGGUGGCACUCAGCCGGUCAACAUCGUGCGGCCCCUGCGGCCCGCCCCGUUCACUCGGGACGUCAAGAGGGCCCGCCCUCCUCUCCCGGCGGCCCCCCGGAAAUCCCCGCAGCGACUGAGCCCGCCCAAGAAGCCCCUGCCCCUCAACCCGAUGCAAUCGCCACUGCCCAGACCAUCGCCCUUGGCUCCACAGAGGCCCCUACCCCUCAGUCCCGCCAGAGGAGGCUCCCCAGUCCGGGUGUUCACCUCAAAACCGUCGCCAAGCCUGCUGGUCAUGAUGCCCCCGGCAGGUGGACGCAAGCCCGUGGGCAGGGUCUCAGGCGUCCCCCCUCUCAGAGCACUCAGACCGGUCCCGGGUGCCAAAGCGAAGGCGGCCUCGCCUCCAUCGUGAACGCAGCCUUCCUCUUCUCCCACGAAGCCUUUUUCUUUCUUUUCUUUUUUUUUUUUUUUGCACUAAAGGAAGGUCGCUAUGUCGGUAGACCACCGAGCGGUCCCGGCGCGCUCGUUCGAGAGCGAGCCACUGGAAACUUUUCGCCACAUUUGACGCGGUUUUGCACGGAGGCCUCGCAGACCGAGACGGAGCGUCACCGCAUUUUAUGUUUUGCCAAAAUGGGUUAUUUUAACGUCACUUUUAAUCACUCUUUGUGUACGAAAAACUGUUGUCCUGUUUACAAUUUUUCUGGGAUUUGUGUUCUGUGCCAAAGAGGUCUCUUCAUGCCUGGGCGGGGGUGUCCACAAUUGCUUGAAAAUCUUUACCACAAGUCCACUCCUCGAUGGCGAGCCGUUUGAGCAUUUUUUCCCAUAUACAUAAUAUCCAGUUUAAGGUCCAUGUAACUACUAGUACGUUCUUUGUCCUCACUAGUAACACAUGUAACUAGUGAGGCAAAACUGCACUAGUUGCCCUACCAGUAUUCCAAAGUUGUCCUACUAGUGAGGACAAAGAGAGUACUAGUACAUGGAUAUCGAAGAAAUGCUCACACAGCUUGCCACAUUUGUCAUAUUGUUUAUAUAUUAUAUUGUUGUUGUUAUUAUUUUUUUUCAUAUUGUUUGGGAUCGGGAAUUUGCGAAUGUCCAGUUCCACACAGUUCAGUCACGUGGCUCGGUGUGCGACUGGUUUAAAGUGUGUCACUCUUGAGACAGAAGACGAAGAAUUAGCCUGAGCUGCUUCUUUUCAACCUGUUUACAUGUCGACGGAGUACUUGAUGGACCACCCCAGCCCCCCUCUGUGUCUCUUGCUUUGUGUCACCACUUUUGAAAUGUUCCAUAAACUAUUUUUUACAAAACGGUCA